CGGUUAAGGCGUCUCGAGACGUGACUGAAAGGAACCAACCAGGAGGCAAGGAGGCGGGGCGUGGGGCCGGAGGCUGAGACGGUCGCCAGCUGUGUCACAAUCUACGCCGCCUCGGCUCGAGCCCAGCUGCCACCUGCGUCGCUCCGCUGCCAGCGAGGAGAGGGGGCUGCGCGAGAAUGAGCGCGGAAGAAGCGCAGGCUGGCUCGGCGUGCCGGAGGAGAGCUGGGUGAAGGUACUGAAACUGUGGCGCGCUCCUCCCGGACCCUCUAUGCUGAAUGGCGAGAGCACAGAGCCCCGAGAGCCGGGUCUCUUAGCGGCCGUGUAGCUGCUGCUGCUGAAGGGGAGAAUGGGCCGCGCCGCGGCGGCGUGGAGCCGCUGAGGACCGCCGAGGCUGCGGCUCCGUUGCUUCGGGCCUCGGGACGGCCCCAGUGCCCAUCUCCCAUCGGGCCGGGGAUGAGUUAGCCCGGGGGAUUGGUGCUGCUACGGGCGGGGAUCACGGCGGUCCAGCGCGCCCGCCGAAGCUAAGGCUCCCCGCGUUCGGAAGCCACUAGCUAGCCCGCUCCCUCCUCCCCGCCCCGCGACCUCGGGGACCAUGAGGUUCCGCAUCUACAAGCGGAAGGUGCUGAUUCUGACGCUGGUGGUGGCUGCCUGCGGCUUCGUCUUCUGGAGCAGUAACGGGCGGCAGCGGAAGAAUGAGGCCUUCGCCGGCUCGGCGUCUGCUCCGGCGCGGGUUGCAGGCCCCGGCGACCUCCGCCGAUUUCCCAACGGUACGGCAGCCCCGCCGCCCGAGGUGGACAACAUGACGCUGGUGUACCGGUCGCUGGUGUAUCAGGUGAACUUUGACCAGACGCUGAGAAACGCGGCGUCUGGGGGAGCGGGAGCCGCGGGAGCUGGCGGCGAAAAGGCCGGCGGCGGUGCUGCCGGGGGCCCCGCGCAACUGGAGCCGGAGCUCGUGCUGGUGGUCCAGGUGCACAACCGGCCCGACUACCUCAAGCUGCUACUGGACUCGCUUCGCAGAGUCCAGGGCAUCGGUAACCUCUUAGUCAUCUUUAGCCACGAUUUUUGGUCGGCCGAGAUCAAUCAGCUGAUCGCCGGAAUAGAUUUCUGCCCAGUGCUGCAGGUCUUCUUCCCUUUCAGCAUCCAGCUGUAUCCCAACGAGUUCCCCGGCAACGACCCCAAAGAUUGUCCCCGAGACUUGGAGAAGAAAGCGGCUUUGAAAAUGGGCUGCAUCAAUGCGGAAUAUCCGGACUCCUUCGGCCAUUACCGAGAGGCCAAGUUUUCUCAGACCAAACACCACUGGUGGUGGAAGCUGCAUUUCGUCUGGGAGAGGGUCAAGAUUCUCCAUAAUUAUGCUGGUCUUAUAGUCUUUCUGGAGGAGGAUCACUAUCUAUCCCCAGACUUUUUUCACGUGCUCAAAAAAAUGUGGAAAUUGAAACUGCAGGAAUGCCCUGAGUGUGAUGUGCUCUCCCUGGGGUCCUAUUCUGUUAGUCGAAGUUUCUUUGGCAAAGCAGACAAGGUGGAAGUGAAAACUUGGAAAUCUACGGAGCACAAUAUGGGCCUAGUGUUGACUCGAGGUACAUAUGAGAAACUGAUUGAGUGCACAGAUACUUUCUGUACUUAUGAUGAUUAUAACUGGGACUGGACUCUUCAAUAUUUGACUACAACUUGUCUUAAAAAUUUCUGGAAAGUCAUGGUUCCUGAAGUUCCUAGGAUUUAUCAUGCUGGAGACUGUGGUAUGCACCACAAGGAUCCCUGUAGACCAUCCACCCAGAGUGCCCAAAUUGAAUUGCUCUUAAACAAAAACAAACAGUAUCUGUUUCCUAAGAGUCUAAGUAUCAUUAAAAAAUAUGCUUUGGCUCCUCUCCUCCCACAUGGGAAAAAUGGAGGGUGGGGAGAUAUUAGGGACCAUGAACUCUGUAAAAGUUAUAGAAGACUGCAGUGAGAACUGCAAAAAUAAAAAAAAUGACAGUUUUUAAAACUUGGGAUCUUUUUGGUCUAAAGGACACAAAACUGUAUAAAAUGAUUUAGGAUUUGGUUUCUGCUUUAAUACAAAUAAACAUUCUUGUUGAAAGUGUUGAAAAAAUAGUAUUUUUUUUUUAAUCACAUCUUUUACAUUUUUAACUGGAACAAAUUCUGUUUUGAGGGUAGUAUUCCAAAGUCCAAAAUCCCAACUACCAAAAAAUUAAAUUGGAAGGGCUGUGGAAUAAGAAAAAACUACUAAAAUUCAUCUAUUACAAAUUUUUAUGUUUGUGUACUUUUCUACUUUGAAAAUUUUUAAACACUGAAAAUCAUUUUUUAAAUUGUAAAAAACAGUAAAAGUACGACUGGUUUUAUAAUCCAAUCAAGUUAUUUUCAGAAUGGCAGAUAAUUAUGUAAUAUUACAUGAAGACCUGCCUGAACAGAACAGUCUUUCUUUUGGUAUAGAAAACUUAAAACAUUGUUUCUACUUUAAUGUAGAAAUGUUUUGUUUUUUUUUAAGGUUGCCAAAAUAAAAAUCCACAUGUUUGCAUUUAAGAAUUCUUGAUAUUUUUUAGGUCAAUUUUAUAACCCCAAUGUCAAAAUUUAGUUGACCUUUGUAUUUAAAAAUCUAAUGUUAUUUGGAAAACAUAAGAAUACUAGACUAGGAAUCGGAGGAACUGGACAUACAAUGGUCUUGCCCCACUGUGUAACCUCUCUGAACCUCAAUCUCUUCAUCUGUAAAAUGAAUAAAAGUGUAUUACCUACCUCAGAGGGAAGUUGUGAAGAUCAGCUAAGCAUGUGAGUUUGAAUUAACUACUAAGAAUGUGUAAUAAUUCUUAAUUUCAAAUAAUUCAUCCUUUCCCAAAAAGAAUACCAAUGAACCAGUCCUUUUUGGAAGAAAAUAUUUAACUUUCAAAUUAUCCAAACACAGAAAACGAUAAGACUUUAAUGGAAAUGAAACUUAAAAUGACAAAUUACAAAGACCCAGAAGCUUAUUUAAAAUAUUCAUACAUGGAGUAGUAAAAAAUUUUAAUUUUAUCCAAUUGUAGUUGACUAAAGAAAACUAGAUUCUAUACAAAAUAAAUGCGAGAAAAUCCAACAAAAAUAAACUAAUUACAUGGAUUUAAAGUCUUUAUCACAUUCUAUCCAGCUGAGAAGAAACUUUUUAUGCAGCAUUUUGCCCAUCAUCCUAUACCUCUCAUCACUCCUAGCUUAGGUUUCCCAGAUUUUGCAGGUUUGGCCUAAAAUUCUCAUUCUAAAAAGCUCUCAAAACCCCAGAUCAGUUUUCUGGGAUUUUCAAUGACUCAAUGGGUCAGCCACUAUGUACAGUCCAAAAAGUAACACAUUUCUUCACUCGGUAUACCUUGUUGGCCAGCAAAUAAGUACUUUUAAACUUCUUGUUCCUGCUGGAUUCAAGUGAGUUUUAGUCAAAAGCCUAAUGAUAACAGACUGUAUUGCAGGGAAUUAAUUGAAUGUUCAUUUCAUGUCUUUGACUUUAUUUUUCUCCCAUUCCAGGAAGCAUGAAAAAUUUACUUUAUGUAGAUUUUAUUUUUGUUUUCUGGAAUAUAACAAAUUUUCUUCUUCAAUUUUUAAAUAUUUUUCUUGAAAAAAGUUACUGUUAUGUGAAACUAAAAGACAUUUUAAUAUUUUAGUAAUACAUUCUAAGAAACACUGAUGAAAUUUUAAAGUAAUCAUUAGAAAAAGUGUCUGAUAUCCUAUUAUAUAGGGUAAGGCAAAAAACAAACAUUUUCAGAGCUGAAGCAAAAAUAUUAAAUACUAUUUUGUUUGGGGAAUAUUUUAUUUUGUUUAGUGAUUGUCAAGGGUUUAAAAAAAAGGUUUUUUUUAAAUCCCUUCUGAGCUAGGAUAGAAGUUCUUUAUGAUAUAAUGCAAGUCUAGAAUAAUUGGAUAAAACCUGGUUUAAGAUAUCACAGUUUUAAAAUUCUGCCCUAUGUAUUGCUAGUUGAUGCCUAACUUCUUAGGAACUAUAAUGAGUAACAAACAUUCCAAUUUUGGGUAUA